AUGACGCUACUCGUCGAGGUCGUCUCCCACGAGGCCAUCAGGCCAUCCGCCGCCACCCCCGCCCACCUCCGCCGGAUACAGCUCUCCGUCGUCGACCAAGGCGCCCCCGCAACGUACGUCCAGAGCCUCUCCUUCUUCCGCCCGGACGGGACGGCGUCUCGCUGGGGCUGUUCCUCUCCUCCUGGGCCGCUGCGGCGCGUGGGGAAGAGCCCUCCUGGUUCCCCAGAAUCCACACGGCGGCGGUGCUCCCCCCGCUCGACCUCCCCAUUGGGUACCUCCAACUCAAGGCCGCCGGGCGGUUCCCCUGGCGGCUGUUCAUCAGAGCCCCGGAAAUGGCCGCGCUACGGGGAGAGACCUGCGGGGGCGCCGCCCGGCCGCCCACCCGGUACGAGGCCACCGUCGCGCUCCUGUGGGGCGCCAUCGCCCGCAGCCGCGGGUAGCCGAAGCGGAAGCACUUGUGGGUCGCCCUCCUCCCCGUAAAUCUACGGAAGAGGAUUGAGGAAUUCUCCAGCCUCUCCUUCGGGAACCUAGCCUACGCCGUUGUGGCCUCCGCCGAACCGGGGACGGCUGGCGGCAGACGGGGGGAGCUGGAGGCGAGCGUGAGGGAGGCCGUGCGGAGAGUGGACGCCAAGUACCUCAAGGACCAAAUCGAGGUUCUACUGUCGGGGGGGUUGGCGUGGGAGGACGACGGAGUGGAUACCAUGGAGUUUAGCGAGUGGAGCAGGCUGGGGAUGCAUAAGACGGACUUCGGGUGGGGGCUUCCGGUGUGGCACUGCACGCCGAUGAAGGACCUGGAAAACUUCGUCGUGUUUGGAGAGGCCGACGGCGGUGCCGGCAUGGAGGCGUGGCUGUGGCUGCCGGGGGAGGUGAUGGAGAGGCUGCGGGAGGACCCGGAAGUGCUCCGCUUCGUUGACCCCGAUUCCUUCUCUCACUAG